AUGAUGAUACAUGAUUGUUCUAUCGUAGAUGGACAAGGCAACAACCAUACAGUUAUUGAUUCAGAUGGAUGCUCAACAGACACGUUCCUCAUGCCCGAGCUCACUUACUCGUCGGAUCUCACAAAGUCUUUCACAGCUGCUAGUGCUUUCAAUUUUCCUGAUCAACAGUCGGUUUAUUUCAACUGCCAAGUUCGGAUCUGCUACAAACUAGACGAUGGAUGCAUGCAUAUAACGCCACCACGUUGCGGACCAUUGAGUUCCCAUGACGAUGCCCUUGCCAACGAUCUCGACAGCGAUCAGCUGAUUACUCCUACACAACCGUCGACAACAACUACGGUGGUAUCGCCGACAACGACGAUGUCACCUUCAACUACUGAUCGACCGGUGGUCACUAUGCCACAACCAACCACCGUAUUCACAACCGUCACGGAGCUGACGUCUACUUCAGCACCGACGACGACCGCCUCGGUUUUGAAGACCGUUGAAUUUCCCACGCCAGACACUCUCAAUGACUACAUUCGUAAGAAUGUUAACAUACUCAGUGGAGAUGAUAUUGAAGGCUCAGGUAUCGAAAUUCUAAAACAAUACCGAACGACGCCGGUAUCGCUGAUUCGGGCUAAUCACAUACCCGAACAUGAUGGUGAUGUUGUGGAAAGCGAUGUUGUACAGCUGAAGAGAGAGAUGCGACGACGGGAAGCUGAAGCGAUUGAUGUCGACAUCUCCUCACCGGAACUUACAAUCAUCGAUAAAGACAUUGCACCUCUUAGCACGGGAGCGGUCGGGGAAACAAAUUUUGGAUCGGCACUUGCAUACCAGCUGAGGAUGGCCAAACCUUACGUGUUCGCUUGUCUUGGAGGAAAAGAUCGCUGA